UUUGAAAUAUUAAAAUCAGAAUUUACUGCUGUGGAAUCUAGUGAUGUUCUUAUAUGCAAUUGCUUUGUGAUGCUAAUGAAACAUUCACCUCUGUGUGGACUGCCACCCAGUUAUCUUCGAGAACAGUUUACUUUAUGAGUAAAUUUUGUCAGGAUGCUAAACCAAAUGAUCCUAGAUCUGUACAUAAUGAUGUGAUGGAGACUGUGUUAUAUUUCUGCAAACAUACUGUCGAAGAUAACAGAAUGUCUUGUAUAAAAUUUGGAGAAGACGUUUUCUAUGCAUUAUUACAAUUAUAUAAUGCAAGUGGCCAUGAAUCUGCAGUGAAAGAACGGUUCUUGGACUUUUGUCUGUUACAAAUGACCAUUCGUAAUCCUGAUGGAGUAGUAGAAGGAGACUCGCAAGCUUUAGCCUCCAGUUGGGAUCUCUGGAAAAGAUGUAUAAGAAGCAUACUUAUCUGUAAGUUCAGAAAUUUAAUUAAGAAAAUUAAAAAUACGUUGAUUUUCAUACCUCAUGGAAGAUCUACUCUACUCUUACAAAGUUUUGUUUCUCUAUUUGUUGAAGUUAGCAAACAGUUGCUUAAUUAUAAGGAACAUAUACCUUCUUCUGAUCCUUCAGAGCAUCCCCAGAAGAGAAUAAAACUUGAGAUGACUUUUGAAUUUUUUGUUCAAGAAAUUCAAGCGACUAAAAGUUGGAUCUGGAUUAAACUUACUGGUGCUUUAUUAGACAAAUAUCCCGAAGUGAUCGAUGGGAAUCUAUUUCUACAGCUAUUAAAACUACUUCAUUCUCUGCAGUGUGAAGAAAAAGAUACUAACACUACCAAUUACAUAUAUGAAUGUCAAGGAAUACUGAUAGAUGUACAGAAUCGGUUGAACUUUGAUAGCAAAGAUGAAAUUGAUAGUAUCUGGAGGCUUAUAGGGGAAUCAACUUUGAGCGCUGUUGGAUUGAAUCAGAGCAUCGAAGAAACACAAAUAUUACUUCAAAAAUUGAUUAAGAAUAAUUAUAUUGACUUAGAAUCGGCUGUUCAAAUAUACAAACCAGGUGUUCUCACUGUAACAAAAUACCAUUUAAGCACUACAGAAAGAAUACUGGAACAAACCAAUUUUGCCGAGUUAACCAAGGCUAAGAGAAUUAAUUUUCUUCAUAGCUUGCUUAGCUUUGAAAAUGUUAAGGAUCCUAAAUGUUUUCUAGAGCCUAAUUUUGCUAAAAUUUUGGUAGCAUUAAUCCUGAAACAGUAUCCUGAUGGUGACAUAAAUAUUCCUAAAGAAAGAUGUGAUAAAUUUCUAGAGUUAAAGACUCUAUACGCUAAAAGUAGUUUUAGUUUAAAUCAUUUACUACUAGAAGAAAAUAAAGAUAAAUCUAAAGAUGCCACAAGAAUAUAUAAUACAGAAAAUGAGAUAAUCGAUUCUGUUUCUCACUACAUUGAAACCUUGGUGCAGAAUUCUAAUUCGAAGAAUACAGGAUGUAGAUUAUGUAUUUUUGGUCUUCUAUAUAAUAUUCUAAACAAAUUGAUAGAGUACAAAAUAAUCACCGAGGAUACUAUGGAAGAAAAUGAAAUAUUUGUAAUUUUAAAACGGAUUAUUAAUAAAGAUAACCUAAUUGAAGAGAUAAUGAAGUAUCAAAAACAGGAUGUUAAAUUGUUGCGGGAGGUACUUGAAGUGGCCUCAAUACUUGAUACUAUUUGGUCCAUAAGGAAUCAUAUAACUGACUCUGUCAAAAAUGUGUUUUCCUUGCCUUUUCUUCAGGCGCUUUUUGAAAUUGUGAACUUCUUACAGAGCGUAAAACGUAAAUUGACCGAGAAAGAGUUGGAUUGGCUCAUAAAUCACCCUUCGGAUAUAGAAUCGGAAGUUUCGGAAGAGGAACCGUUUCCUGGUAGCGAGUCUGAGUAUGAAGCCUCAAGUCACAGCUCAGAUUCUGAAGAGGAAGUAAACUCGGGCUCAAAGAAAAUAAAACGCGCAAAACUAAAUGAUAAUUUAUCAGAAAGUGAAGAUGAACCUGAUGUAGAUAACAACCAAACUUCUGUGCAAGAUAAUGAUAAUGUAAUAAAUUAA